GACAGACUGAGAAGCAGGCAGAAAGCAAUAGAGAUAAACAGAAAGAGGAUGGAGAUAAUGGUGGGAGGAGAGAAAGAGAGAAUCAUGGAUUUUUGGAUAUAGAGAAAGAUAAAGGCUGAGAGGAGAAAGUGACUGAGGAGGAAAGUAAGAAGAGACCGGGAGUGGGACUCAGGGAGAGUGACACCUGAGCUGCAGGAAGUGAUGGACUGAGUGAGGAUUGGAGCUGGAGAGAGGUGUUACCUGUGCAGGAGCUGGGACACAACUUAUUACUGAGAGCAGUUUUCAAAAUAUGUGAAAGGAGGCAGAAGGGAAGUCUAGCUGACCGAAUGUCGAGAGCCACCCAGUCAGGUAACCGAGUUUGUUUGUUUUCCAUUUGAUGGGAGAAGGGGAUGUGCCACGACGAUCAGCGUGUUGGCAAAUAAUGGCGGAAUUGUGGGGUCAGAAGUUCUGCCAAUACCUGGUGUGUCUUGGACAGAGAGAAGUUGAGAAACCUGGUGAUGAUAUCCUGCUAUCAGAGGCUCCAACACUCCUCUUUAGUGAUCUGCGCAUCAGACAAUUGCUCAACUGGUUUUACUGCCUCACAUGGUUAUUGGAUACAGGUUGGUGCUGGAUGCCUUGGUCUCUUUCAGUCCUCAUGCUGUGGAUAUUGGCCUGUAUUGCUGCAACAGAAACCCAUAGUGAAUCGGGACAAUGUGUGGACUGGGGGGUGGACAACAUCAAUACAGUGAAGGCCUACAAUGGGGAGCCAGCAAAGAUAAGCUGCCCCCUCUUCCUGACAUACAUCAAGUUCAACUACAGCAUGGCCCAUGGCUCGGGAUUAACACUGGUGUGGUAUAAGACCAGACAAAAUGAAGACCUGGAAGAGCCUAUUGACUUUCACCAAGCGGAGAACCGAAUUGUACAGAUGGAGGACGUUCUGUGGUUUUGGCCAGUGCUUGCCAAUGAUUCUGGCAACUACACCUGCAUGUUGAGGAAUACCACGGAUUGUCUCAAAGUGGCAAUACCUCUCCUGGUCAUUCAGAAAGGACGCAACAGUUGUAACAGCAGUAAGGAAAUGGUCUUCCCUGUCGAGCUCAUUCUCGGAGAAACCAGAAACUUGAUCUGUCCAAACACUGCUGAGUUCUCCAACUCUUCAAUCAAUUCAACAGUUGCCUGGUACAUGGACCUGUCUGAGGACCUGAAUAAGGACCAGUGUCAGGGGUGUCGUAGAGUUGGGAAAGACAUGGACACAGUAAAAGAGAUUGAGAAUAAAUUGCUAUUCUUUGUCGUAAGAGAAUAUCACGAAAAAGAAUACACCUGUAUCGUAACAACGACACGGAGAGACCAGCAGUAUAAUCUGACCAGAACAGUUGCUGUCUCAAUUUGUGCUAGCCAACAUGACCUAAAGCCGCCAAUUUUAGUUCAGCCAAAGGCUGACCAACAGAUUGAAGUGGAAUAUGACCAGGAAGUAGAUUUAACCUGCAGGAUGUUUUUCCAUUGCAUCCAGGAUUCACGCACAAUUCUCUGGUGGUCUGUCGAUGGGAGAAAUGCACAGGAAUUAGCUCCAACAAUAAAAAUAUUUCAGAGUGUAGAGUUGUCGAAUCUCAAGGACAAGACAAUUACAAGUACAUUAAGCAUUAAAUCUGUGACCCCGAGUGACCUCCAGAGGAACUACACCUGUUUUGGGCAAAACAGAAAAGGAUUGAGUUCUGUACAAGUGACCUUACUCAAGAAAGCUCCCAGUUACGCGAUUGAACUUGGCUGCGCGUUAGGAGUUAUGCUGCUGAUACUGGUCAUUUCAAUCUUUGUCUACCACUUCUGGUGGAUGGAAGUCAUACUGCUUUACCGACUGUACUUUGGGACUGAUGAAACAAUAGGAGAUGGGAAGGAGUUCGAUGUCUACAUGUCGUACGCGAGGAAUGCUGAAGAGGAAGAGUUUGUCCUUACGACUCUUCGAUCCGUUUUGGAAAAUGAAUACGGAUACAGAGUCUGUAUCUAUGACCGGGACAGUUUACCUGGUGGAAUCAUUACAGAUGAGACAUUGGCCUGUAUUUGGAAAAGCAGGAGGCUGGUAGUAGUGCUGAGCCCGAAUUACCUGGUGAAUGGGACACAGGCACUUUUGGAACUGAAGGCUGGCACUGAGUGCAUGGCCAGCACUGGGCAGAUCAGAGUUAUACUGGUGGAGUUCAUCCCGGUGAGGAAAGUCAGCCACGUGGCAGAGCUGAGAAGGCUGAAGGCGGUGAUGGCGACCAUCAAGUGGGAAGGGGAAAAGUCGCAGGAUCUGAGGAGCCGUUUUUGGAAGCGGCUGCGGGUCGCCCUUCCCACAAAAAGGAAAACACAGACGUCCGAAAGGAAGAGCGAGAGGCUCACGUACAGAAAACUCGACUUGCUCGUGCCGGAAGGAAACUUGCUCAAUCCACCUCUUUCUGAGAACUGUUUUAUCGCCAGCAAGUGCCUUCAUACCUACGAUGAAAGAGCAAUCAAUACGCCUACGGUUUCUGAAAACUCUACUACAGAAGAAGCCGAGUCCUCAACACUUUGUUGAACAUUAACGCUCUGUUUAAAAAAAAAUUAUUCUCCCCGUAGAGAAUGCUCCUUUUCACAGAAUCUUAAAUGGUGCAAAUCAGGGGGCAAGUAAGGGAAGCAAAGUUGCGGGUCAUAUCUUUAAACAGUCAUCGAAUCCAGGAUGCAUGGCUUGUUUUGGGUGUGGGGGAGGGUGGAAUUAUGAUGUGAUAUGCCUAUUCCAUUCCAUCUCACCCCAUCUCAACGAAGAUUUUGUUAAGAAUGCUGCGUGAUAUACCAAUCAUUACAAAGACAACUGUCUUUGCGGUGUGGUCUGAUAGGGUUAGCUGCUAAAGAACAUGCAGUCUCACCUGACAAGCGCAAGAUUCAGGUCCAUGUUUCCCUUUUGUAGAGAAAAGAGCCCCAAAUGAUUCCGCCUUUCCUGAUCAAUACAUCCUUUGAGCCCUAAUAUGAUCCUCGUGAAUCCUUGUUUAAACAUUUUCCACUGCCUCUAUACUUUUUGUAACAUGGAGACCAGAACGGUGCAGAGUGCUCCAAGUGGCCUAGUCAAGGUUCAAUACAAGGUAAACAUAACACUGCAACAGGGGAGUGUAGCGUAGUUUUGACAGUGCUGUUCCAUAAAUGAGUUUGGUGUCUGCACCUCAACCAUGUUCCAGCUGUUCACUGUUCUCUAUGUAAACAAGUAACUUCCUGUUAUCAGGCUGGCAUUAAAUUUUCAUCCAAUCAUGUUGCAGGAAAUUAACCAGCCAAUCUAGUUCCAGAAUAUUGCCCAUCAGCUUGACUACUGAACUAAUCAGAUCUGGGAACCAUCUCUGCCCAUUCAUGUUCCACCACAAUGCAGCCAUCAUGAUAGCUCCUCCUUACAUCCAACUCUAAACUGUAGCACAAAAGUUGCAGACUUGCCCAUAAAUCUCACCAUCUUGCCUACCAAUUGCUCCCAUUUCCUUACCUCCCCACCCUGCCCUGCCACCCACAACAGCAUUGGCUCUGGGUAUGUGUAACCGAUGUGCAGGUGUUCCAGGCCUCUAUCAUCUAGAUUCUGGCCCAAUUCAAUGUGAGAAACAGAAAAUCAAAAGAACAAAGGCAAAGGUGUGCCAACUAUUCCAUCCAGUCAUGGGUCACCCCCACCACCACCCCUCUCUCCCUACCCCAGUUGUUCCCCACUCUCUCCAUUCCACAGUUUAACAAGGUGGAUGAGUCAUUGUGCCUUGGCAUUGGCUGCUGAAAGAAGUCCAGGAGGAGAUGGGAGAGUGGCACUGGAAUGUAGUCAACAUGCGCCCUUUGUUCACGGAAGGAGAGAAGGAUAAAUGGUAACUUUGGGUUGAUUAGUUGAAUGCCAGUUGUGGUCACACUGAUAGAAUCUCUAACUUGAGACAAAGUAAAUAUUUAGAAAUGGGCAAGGUCUCACUUUUGGAAUUUCUUAGUGUUGGUCCCCUGAUCAUUCAGACUAUGGUUAUUUGUUUUAAAAUGCUACUGUUUAAAUUUAGAAUUCAAGGAGUCAAAUUCACCAAACAGGGGGCUAGGAAGUGGUGUAUUAGAGGCUGAUGAGCCAAAUACUUCAACGUGAGACAAUGGACGCAGAGUCUAAACUCCUUAGGGAUUUCCAGUGCCAUUCGAGUAAGGAUGUUUCCAUUCAAUUGUGAACAAGGGGUGAUGGUUUCAAGGACGCCAAACACAAAGCAAUAGUGGCUGGUUUAAUUGGCAGUUCUCCUGGACAAAGCAAGAGGAGCUGGGGGAGAGCCAGAGGUCAACUCGAUGGUAACAUAUUUGGCUAAUCAUCAAGAGGACAGGUGAACACAUGGCCUUGGCCAGUUUCUGGGAGGAGACCUGUAAAUGGGGAGUAAGCAAGACCACCUGAAGAUACAACUGCCUCAAAGCAGUGCAUAUUAUUGACUAGGAAAGUGAUAAUUGGCCCAAUAACUGGGGCAGUGUAGUGUGUUUGUUAUUUUAUUUGUUAAAAGAUGUGAUGCUGAAUUUGAGACUUUUUUUAUUGGCUCAUGGGGUAUGGGCAUUGCUGGCUGGGCCAGCACUUAUUGCCCAUCCCUAGCUGCCCUUGAGAAAGUGGUGGUGAGCUGCCUUCUUGAGCCGCUGCAGUCCAUGUGGUGUAGGUACACCCACAGUGCUGUUA